UCAUUAUCAGCCGUCCAUCAUUCCCCAGCUCAUUCCCAAUGUCUAAUCCAACGGCUCAUAUUCCGUUCCAAACCGUAUCCCUUCACUCCGUCCCUAUAUAAAUGAAUUGCAAACCCAACGAUAAGCCCACACCACAUCUGCGCUUCGAAUAAGGACACUCUGAGUCUUUUCACCGGCGAAGAUCACAUAACGACUCCAAACAAGAAGGAAAAUGGCGUGGUUGCUCUCUUUGAAGGCUCUAUUGAUGUCGGCCGGAGUUGUUUCCUUGGCUCUGGCUCUGAAGGUCUCCGUUCCUUUCGUUGUUGAGUUUUCCGUUCUGUAUGUGCCUCUGAUUUGGAACUCCCUGAUUUCUUGCCUGAGGCCUCCUUACAUUUACAUUAUCAUCAACGGCAUCAUCAUCUCCAUCGUCGCCUCCUCACGCUUCAACCAGAAGGAAGCCGACGCUUACGUUGAGAUUCCUUCUGCAAAUAAGGCUCCGGAGGAUAUCGGAUACAGGGAGAUUGUUUCGGAUUUCACUACUGUAGAAUCGCCGGCGGUUUACGAACAGAGAGAUGAACUGAUUGUUUCGGAAGUGAAGACUAUCGAUGCGAUAGAAUCGCCGAUUGAAGAAGUAAUUGUUCCGGAAGCGAUUAGCUCUGUUGAAGCUGAAGCAGAGGGUGAGGACAAAUUCAUCAUAUCGGCCAAUCCGAUCUGGACCUCGCCGGAGAGGAUGAGAUUACCAGAGAAACCACUCGUUUCUUCCAGAUUCGGCCACCGUAAAUCGGCGAAAUCGAGUCCUGAAGGCGGAAAGGCGCUGGGAGUAAUAUCGAAGGCGAAACGGCACGAGACGUUAGAGAACACGUGGAAGGCGAUUACGGAAGGCAGAGCAAUGCCGUUGAGCAGGCACAUGAAAAAGUGCGAGACGUGGGAGAAUCACUACCGUCAGAUUAGCGCCGGCGAGGUCGAGUCGUCAGCGGUGAAGAAAUCGGAGACUUUCAAGGACCGGACGAAUCAGGCAUUGACGCCGGUGAAUGUGUCGGGUCAUGCGAUGAAGCUGAGGAAAGAGCCGUCGAUGAAUCAGGACGAUUUGAACCGGCGAGUGGAGGAUUUCAUAAGAAGGUUCAACGAGGAGAUGAGGUUGCAGAGGGAACAGUCGUUGAAGAAGUACUGGGAGAUGGUGAAUCAUGGAGAUAACUGAAUUUACAGUCUCUUUUGGAAGCUUUUCUUCCAUUCUGGUAAAUUUUGAUUGGUCCAAAUAUAC